GUCACACUGAACGAGCCCAAACUCCCGUCAUGCCUAUCGACACCAUCUGUGCAUGAAAAUAUUCGUCAUCAGAAGCAGCCCUUUCGCCUUGCUGUAAUCACGUCUUGGUGGCGGAGACCCACAGCAAACCUGUGGAUUUUUCAAGAAAUGAAUGUGAACGCAAUCGUCGUAUGCCUCCUCUUGGGAGCUGUCCAAGAAUAUGCCAUGGAUACACAUGUGGAUAAAAUGGGAGAGUUGCAUGGGUACCUGAACACCCCAAACUACCCCAAGAACUACUCCAAGAACUACGAAGGGAUCUGGGAGCUCGACCUACCAGUGAUAGACCAACCUUAUACUCUAGUCCUGACCAUUGAAGCGAUGGACAUCGAGGGAUCUUCUCCACACUGCUUCGAUUACAUCAAAGUGAUCCAUAAGAAAUACUGUGGAACAUCACCCAUGACAAUCAGAGUGCCUGACGUCGUCGGGGGUCUCAUUAUUGACUUCCACUCCGACAACAGUGAGACCCGAAAGGGUUUCAAGGCGCAUUAUGAAUUUGUUAAACAAUAGUACUCUUUCGAUCGAGCUUAUUUCAUGAUGAUUUCCAAUUGACAAAUUGGAGGAGGGAAGUUGCGUCAUGCUAUCGCAAGGCGAUCGAUUUGCAGCAGCUCUGAUUCGAAUCCGAGUAUUAAAAUACUUUGAAUUUA